AUGGAUCCCGAUAUGGAGCACCAUUACAAAGAUCUCCUUAAUAAGUGGAAGAAUGAUGAAGAUAACAUAAAAGAUGAAUUGAAAGAAAUAGGCGCUAACGUAAAAAGAAUUAGCACAGGCAUAAAAGAAGCCGUAAAAGAAAUUAGCACUGACGUAAAAGACCUCGCAAAGAAGCUUGGUGACUUAGUGGUGCCAAAUACGAUUCCUGCCAGGGAGGCGAAUGCUGAAGGUAAAUACAAAGAGAUACAACUAUUAAACGAACACCAAGGCCUGAAAGUUAGCGUGCAAGACAUCAGCAUAGUUUGAAUAAAAUAAUCUUGAAACAAGAAACAAAGUUGACUUUGGGCAAAACACCCUCUUGACGGGAGGGUGAGCACGCCAUACCGGUGCUCGCAGCCAAUGAAAGGGUAAAUACAAUGUUGUCCUUUCAAACUCCUCCUCACUGUGCCAGAAAGAAAAGAAAAAAAAGAGAGAUUGAACAACAUUCCUGUCCCAGUAUAUAGGCCUGCCAUACACCAAGCCUUUAGGUUUGUUUAAAAGUGGGAGAAAGACGCAAGCAUAUAAAUCGGUGUGCAAGUGUGGGGGCGAUGUAGACAUAAGUAUUUUGUGAUUAUCAACUGCGUCGUUCGGACACGAAAACAUAGCACUCGUCACGGAAUCUCGCUCCUUGGCGAUCUAACGUUGGCGCCAUCAUUAUACAUUGAUACCUCUGCGCCUGCCCGUCUCAUCUUAUGGUAAUUCUUUUAUUUGUGUCGGGACCAAGCCCGUGUGUGAACCCUGUAAACCCCUUAACAGUGAAAAUAUGCCAUUAUAUAACCUCGUGAAAACGCCAAAAGGGCAUAACAUUCAUUCCUUUUUAUUCUAUAGAAUUAUUGUACAUGCAGCUCCUUCCAUAAAAAAGGCUAACCUCAGUCAUGUUUUUUGGUUUUUAUAAGGUAAUGGCACAAAACUGGAGGAGAUAUUGGACUCUCGUUUGGUCUGUGGAGAGAAAUUUCACGAGAAUAAACUUUUCACAUCUUUCUGUGAACAGUGCAAAGUGUGCAUUUGUGAAGAGUGUAAACAGACGCGUCACAAUCAUCACCCCACUGUGGUUAUUGACCGAGCCGCAGAGCAACAUAAAGUCGAUAUCGAGGAGAUUGUGCAGGAAAUGAAAAGUAAAAUUGCUGACUACACGGAGUAUGUGAAAAGGACAAAGACAUCCUUUAAAAGAAACCGAGAGAGGAUUGCUACAGCACGUAAUAAAGUUAUGACAUCUGUUGAGGAACUCAAGCGACUUUUACAAGAACAUGAGAAAGCUAUGAUAACCAGUUUAGAUAUCAUAGAAGGAAAAGAACACUGAGAGCAUGCAGCACAACUGGAACAUUUUCAAAUUUCUAUUAACCAGUUACAAACACAUGUCGAGUGGUGCGAAGACAUGUUAUUGAGAAAGAAAAGCGUUGAGAUUCUUCAAACUCAAAAUGCUCUGAUUGGACGGUGCAAAGGUCUUCUAAAUGCAGAGAAACUAAACAUUUAUAAACCAUCACAUGUCAGAUACGAGAGAAAUAAAGAGCAUGUAGAGAAUGUGAGAAGAGAACUUUCAGUGGUGGGUCGAGUUGUUAUAGGUAGCACAGAUACUUUGCAGUCGGUGGCUGAAGGAACGGGUUUGCAAGAAGGAGACGUCGGAAGUGAAGCAACAAUCAAAGUAAAGACUAAAGAUUCUGAUGGAAACCAGUGCUGUGAUGAAAACGAUCAGAUUUUUCUGAAAAUUCAGUCAUCUUCAGAAAAGGAACUCAGCCACACAAUUGAACACAACAAAGACGGCGAAUAUAGCAUCACUUACACACCAGACUGUGUUGGACAACAUAAAGUAUUGAUUGAGGUUAACGGUGAACCACUGACUGGUAGUCCAUGGCGGGUUCAAGUGACUCCACAUCGUUACAAAUAUUUAUUUUCGUUUUGUUCAUUUGGGCAACGACACGGAAAAUUCUACUGGCCAAAUAGUAUUGCAAUAGAUGAAAAGUCUGGGAAAGUUGCAGUGGCCGAUAAAAGAAGUGUACAGCUCUUUAGCUUAGAGGGACAGUUUCUAACAGACAUUGGUACAGAACUAACUAAACCCGCAUCUGUGGCCUUCACCAGGUCAAGUGAACUCGUAGUUGUUGCUUCUAAAACGAUUUUUUGUUAUGACAUCACAAAAAAUUCUGUUAAAAUAAUCACCAACAAACACUUAACGUCACCACGGCACUUAACUAUUGCGCGUGAUGGACGCAUUGUGGUGUGUGACGGGGUGGACGAUACAGUGAAGGUUCUGUCUUCUGAUGGAUUAGAGUUGUUACUUAGCAUUUGUGAUCCUGAGCGCGCAAUCCCAUGCUAUGCUUUACAUCAUCAGAAUAUGAUUUUUGUUUCCUAUUCUUGGGCACAUUGCGUCUUGAAGGUUUUCAGCGAGAAUGGCGUGUUUCUGUACAGUAUCAGCACUCUCGAGUCUGGUGACGGACAACUGAGUACUCCUGUUGGUCUUGCAAUUGACAGGUUUAAUAACCUGGUGGUGUGUGAUUGUGAUAAAGCAAGACUUCAGAUAUUCACUCUUGAUGGGAAAUUUGUAAACACAAUUGAAGGACAACAUACACAACUUACUACUCCUCGUUCUGUUGCUGUUUCAAGCACUGGCCAGCUGUUUGUUACUGAUGUAAACAAACGGUGUGUGCAUGUUUACCAGUAA